GCGGCGGAUGUUGAUGUUUUGUUUUGGACUGAAGCCUACUGAUGUGAACUGUUGUCGGACGGUGGGAUUUUAUGAGCGUCGUCUUACGUUGCAGCAUUGCUCUGUUAACGGGAAGGAUAUUGUUUACGGCGGCAUCGUGUCUCUCCCGGCGCCUCACCCGGGAAGCGCGAGACCGAGUCGAGCGAUGAUGGAGGACUUUGAUGAGAUAUACGAAGAGGAGGAGGAGGAAGAAGAGGACGAGGACAGGGCCGCGGAGGAACAGCUACUAAAGUAUGCCCCGGACCCUGUGGUGGUGCGGGGAUCCGGCCACGUCACUGUGUUCGGGCUCAGCAACAAAUUUGAGUCAGAGUUCCCUUCGGCACUUACAGGGAAGCUGGCACCAGAGGAGUUCAAGGCCAGCAUCAACCGUGUGAAUGGCUGCCUGAAGAAGACUCUGCCAGUGAACGUGCGCUGGCUGCUUUGUGGCUGCCUCUGCUGCUGUUGCACGCUGGGCUUCAGUCUGUGGCCUGUCAUCUGUCUCAGCAAGAGGACACGGAGAUCCAUAGAGAAGCUGCUGGAAUGGGAGAACUGCAGAUUGUACCACAAGUUGUGUUUGCACUGGAGACUUAGCAAGAGGAAGUGUGAAACCAACAACAUGAUGGAAUACGUUAUCCUAAUAGAGUUCCUACCCAAGAUUCCCAUCUUCAGACCAGACUAGCGCUUCCUGAGCGUCUCCGCCCUCCCAUGGUGCCUCUGCGGCACAAAUACGGUUCCAACAUGGCCAAAAGGCAUCCUCAACCAUCUCCCUCCCUGAAAUACACCACACCUUUUAUGUUUACCGGGUAGUUCACCCUCUUCAGACCAUCAACCCUGUCCAGGUUACACUUGUUUACAAACCCAAUACCACCCCCUUUGACCUUCUGGAGGAGCCGCAGCCUUUGAACCCACCGAGUCAUGUUGACUGGCAGCAGCUUGUGGGUCGUCAUGGGAGACCCAAGCCAUGAGAGACAGAACAGAACCCUGUAACUGGAGAUCCUGAACGACUCCUGAACGGGUUCCACGUUCUCUUAAAUGGAAUUCUGAAAAUCCACCGCUCCAUCGUUACCUUAAGGCACAAUCUCACCCUAAUCAAACCUUAUGUGAUAAUACUCCCACCUUAUGUGUCACCCUUGUUCCCCACCUCUGUUAUCAUUGUCUGGACUCUCAGAAUGAAACGUCCCCCCCUGAAUCUCUAUGGAACUUCUGAGCAACCCUGAAAUCUUAAUGGGAAUGGCAAUAGGCCCGUUGAGGAACACCGGUUUUCACCGUCGUAUGAAACGGCCAUGGUAGCGGUCUACCUUGGACCAGGCCAAGUAACAUCACUGACUAAAAAGCCAAACGACUCAACUGGUCAUCUACCAGCCCCCUGAACGUUAGACUGUGCGAUGCCCAGACUAGAGACAAUCACUUACUGUCUGACUGUAUUCUUUAUCUAUGUAUGUAGACCCCAACAAACCGUUACCUAUCAGGCAGUUGUUCGCUUUGUUUAGCUGUUCAGUGAAAAUGGGCAGUGGAGCGUUUGUUUUACAGCUCGGUGGGUCUCUGAAAGUAUUUUGCGUUUGGCCUUGAAAGACAAAUCAAGUGAGAACACAAAUGUAUGUGAGAGAUACUUGCUUGAGAUCCACGCACUCAUAACCUCUUGUUAAUGAAACCUGUAUGGCUGAGUGUUGUCUUUGUUAAAUCACUCAGCCAUAAUUACUCCUGUUUUGUUGUUUGAUUUUAAGUGUGUGUGUGUAAGUGAAUGGGCAUAAAAAUAAGACUCAAUCAAAUCUGCAUCAUGUUUGGUUAGUAGUAGGUUUUUUAUUUUUUAUACAUAGGCUCUCGGCUAGUAUGGCGUCCUAUGUGAGCACUGAAGCACAGGAUGGGGUUUAAUCCAAGUCAUCUCAGAUGAGCUCUUUUCCUAACCUCCCAACAAUACAUAAAAAGAUAUAUGUAGCUUUUCACCCAGGAAUCAUCCAUAAGAAUGUUCAGAUAGAAAUGUGUGACAUACUAGAUCAAAGAACGGCUUUCAUCAUUCAUAAAAACAUGAUCUAUGCACAUUGUUCUUUUUCUGUUGGUGUUUUUAAGGUUGUAUGCCACAGGAAAGACCCAGAGCUGUGAGGGGCAGUUAACACGCCUUCUAUUAGGUCUGUCUUUUGCGAUGCAAAAAAAAAACGUGUAUCCACUUUGCCAACUCUGUGAAACUCAUCUGAGGGUUGCAUGUAUCCUGGU